AUGAACCGGCUGUUAUGUACAACUCUGGUGAAAUAUUCGCAACGGAAUGCGAUUAAACCCAACUGUGCCGUGCAAUGGCGUCCCUUGUCGGUGUCCGGCAGCAACCGGCACGUGCAAGCAGAACGAGAAACGGCAUGCGCCCGGCACUACGACAUCAUCAUCGUCGGCGGUGGAAUGGUCGGUACAGCACUAGCUUGCGCUCUCGGUAAAAACACUCGGCUGCAGAACAAAAACAUCCUGCUGCUCGAGGCAGCGGCCGGCUUCAAGCAACCGUCCACCGAACAGUACAGCAACCGGGUGUCAGCAAUCAGCAAGGGCACGUACCGCUUGAUGAAGACGAUCGGUGCCUGGGAGGAGAUAGAACGCACGCGCGUCAAGCCGGUGCUAAAGAUGCAGGUAUGGGACGCCUGCUCGGACGCCCUGAUCACCUUCAACUAUGACGAUUUCGCCGAGAACAUUAGCUGGAUCGUGGAGAACGAUGUGCUGCUGGCCAGCAUCUACCGGCAGCUAGAAACCGUACCAAACGUCCACAUCCGCUACUCAUCCAAGCUGGCCUCCUGUGAGCUGAUGCGGGACGGGGCGGACAAAAGCACCGUGCGUCUGGCGGACGGUGAAACACUGAAAUGUGAUCUGCUGGUUGGUGCGGACGGCUUCAACUCCUUGGUGCGCCAGCAGAUGGGUGUCCAAAACUUCGCACUCGCCUACAAUCAGAUGGGUGUAGUGGCAACGCUUCGGCUGGCCAACGGUCCAACCGACAACGUUACCGCCUGGCAGCGUUUCCUGCCAACCGGGCCGAUCGCACUGCUGCCCCUGAGCGAUGACACCAGCUCCCUCGUAUGGUCAACCGGUGUGGCUGAAGCGAAACGACUGUUACAGCUAGACGGGGACUCGUUCGUCGCGGCCGUUAAUGCAGCGUUCCACAAACCGAUGCCCCGGAACACACUGGUGGACGAUGUGAUGAAGGGUGUCAAUACGCUCGUCAAGCAAACGACCGGCCAGAGGCUUGAGGCAGCCCCUGUCGUUGAGACGGAGGUGGCCAAAUCUCGUGCCGCGUUCCCACUCGGACUCGGCCAUACCGGCACCUACGUCGGACAGGGUGUCUGCCUGAUCGGUGACGCAGCGCACCGUGUACAUCCGCUUGCCGGACAGGGCGUUAACCUAGGAUUUGGUGACGUGCAAACGCUGGUAGACGUACUGGGCGAUGCGAACUACGCAGGGCUAGGCAUAAGCAACCUUAGCGAACUGCUCAAAUACGAACAGCAACGGUUGAAGCACAACGUACCGGUGCUGCUCACCACACACAGCCUCCAGCGACUUUAUUCGACCGAUUUUGUCCCAACGGUUGCCCUGCGUAGCAUCGGACUCACACUGACCAAUGCCUUUCCGCCGGUGAAGAAAUUCCUCAUGAACUACGCCAUGUCCUAG